AUGACAACCCGUUACCGUGUCGAGUAUGCUCUCAAGACACACCGAAGAGACCAAUUUAUUGAAUGGGUCAAGGGUCUUCUAGCUGUUCCUUUCGUUCUCUACUCUCAGCCCACUGGCGUUUUUGGAGAUGGACCUAGUGUUACUCAGAUGGCCGAAGAGGCUCACCGCCGUUACGCUGAGAUUAUGCGUGACGUUGAGCUCAUGAUUGAUGAUCACAUUAGCCGUCAGCAAGAUGAUACCAUGCUCCCGUCCAAGUUGCGGAUGCUGAUUCCCACUGCGGGCCCUUUCUUCACCCGCCUGCCCCUGGAAGCAGCUUUCAAGUAUCAGGACAGAAAACGGUAUAUCUCAUCACGAAGAUUUGUUGCUCCAUCCUUCAACGAUGUCAGACAGAUCCUCAACUCAGCCCAGUCCAUGGCUGUAACAAAUGGAUCACUGCAGUUGGCCACGUUUGAUGGUGAUGUGACCUUGUAUGACGAUGGGUUCAAUCUUGAGCCAUCGAGUCCUGUGAUUCCCCGUCUUCUCGAUCUCCUACGAAAAAACAUCAAGAUUGGUAUUGUCACGGCUGCUGGUUACACAUCUGCCGAUCGCUACUAUGAGCGCCUCCAUGGAUUGCUUGACGCAAUUACGGAGUCAACUGAUCUGGAUCCUAUUCAGAAGCAAAACAUCGUCAUCAUGGGAGGUGAAGCAAACUACCUGUUUGAGUACUCACCUUCUUCGCCCUACAAGCUCGCUCCUGUCCCGCGCACUCAGUGGCUGACACCCGAGAUGGCCUCAUGGUCGGAUGCUGACAUUACAAGAUUGCUGGAUGUUGCCGAAGGUGCCCUUCGUGACUGUGUCAACAACUUGAACCUGCCUGCCAUGAUCAUGCGCAAGGACCGUGCUGUCGGUAUUAUCCCCAAGACGCCAGGUACUCGCAUCGCCCGUGAGAGCCUUGAGGAGACUGUUCUUGUUGUUCAGCGCAUCCUGGAGCUCAGUAGUCUCGGAUCCAGCGAAGAGCGCCCAACCAAGCACCGACCCAACUCUCCUCCAAUUCCACCUUCAGUGGCGAGCCAAUCACGCCGCGUGCCAUUCUGUGCAUUCAACGGAGGUAAUGAUGUGUUUGUCGAUAUUGGUGACAAGAGCUGGGGUGUGACUGUUUGCCAGCAGUGGUUUGGUAGCAAGGAGAAUGGUGGCGCCAUUCGCGGAGAGAACACGCUGCACGUAGGCGAUCAAUUCUUGAGUGCUGGAUCAAAUGACUUCAAGGCGAGAAGUGUCGGAACAACAGCCUGGAUCGCAAGCCCAGCCGAGACCGUGGAGCUGCUUGACGAGCUGGCUGAUCUGAUGCAAAAGAAAUUGUCCUGAUUGCAAGCAGAUUUGGGCUUUCUGCAUGAGAGGUCUGUCUUGGGCAUAUUCUGAUUCUCAAUCAUGCCGGGAGUAGAUUGGCUUUGUUCGAGGAGAGCCUCGCGUAUGCGUGGACCUUUGCCUUUGAUUGUGGCAUCGGCAACAAGCCCGUCUACCCCCUGGCAACACGGGAGAUUAAUCCGCGCCGACUUGUGUUCAGACGAAUGGCAGAAAUUGCUGACGGAUUAAUUACUUGCUUGGCCUAACCUAUCCCAGAUAUCAUGCUGG